AUGUGUUCAAGUAGCUCGGUGUGGCUGGUUCCAGGCGGUUGUGUCCUCCCCCAGGAUGAGAAGCAUCCGGAGCAGAGGAAGGCUGAGCUCAAAGUCAUGCGGGAGCGCUACGCCUCCAAAACCGCCGUGGAAGGCCUUCUGCCAAUGCGCGCAAUGGAGGGGUCGGUGGCUAUACUUGGCUUCGAAAACGUGGGCAUAAUCAUCGGAAAGCUCUUCCAUAAGGACGGCCCCUGGGAAUCGUUCGACAGCAUAAGCCAAACCUUCCCAUCAGAGAAAGUACCGAAGGGGGUAACUGAUUGGAAGACCGACGAGAACUUCGGCCGACAGCGCCUGACGGGAGUCAACCCUACAUCCAUCCGUCUGUGCACGGAGAUUCCAAAGGGGUUUGGAGUGACGGCUGAAAUGGUUGAGCCUUUCCUGCAAGGCCUGAAGCUGGAAGCUGCCAUCCAGAAGAAGCGGCUGUACUACAUGGAUCACACCAUCAUGGCGAUCACUUCCAAUGCCAGCACCAUGAAGCCCAGGCCGAUGUGCGCUCCAUUCGGCCUGUUCUUCGUCAAUGACAAGAAGGACCUCGUACCGGUGGCCAUCCAACUGUAUCCUAACGAAGGGGGAGUACAACACCCGGUGUUCCUGCCGAAUGACCCGCCCAACACGUGGCUCCUGGCCAAGAUGUGGUUCAACUGCGCAGAUGCGAACUAUCAUGAGGCCGUGCCUCACCUUGGUUUCACGCAUCUUCUUGUUGAGGCGUGCAACCUGGCGGCCAAGCAGAACCUGUCCAUCUCCCACCCGAUGCACCGCGUCUUGGAGCCGCAUUUCAUUUACAUGUUCGCCAUCAACGACCUGGCUCUGAAAACGUUGAUCGCCCCGAAUGGCGCAGUGGAUCUAACUACGCAGAUCGGAGUCCAGGGGGUCUUUAAGCUGAUACGGGAAAGGUUAAAGACUUGGCGUCUCGAUAGAGAGGGCAAUCUGCCGGAAGACCUGAAAUCCCGUGGCGUUGACAACGCAGACGAUCUGCCCAAGUACUACUAUCGCGACGAUGCCAUUCCCAUCUAUGACGUUAUCAAGAACCAUGUCACCAAAGUUGUGGCAUACUUCUAUACUCCUGAUGGGGACGGCAAGUCCACCAAACUGGAGAAUGAUAAUGAGAUUCAGAGCUUUGCGAGAGCUCUCGUUGACAGCGGAAUCCAGGGGGUUCCUGGGAACGGAACUUUGUCCAACGUGAAUCAGCUGAUCCAGAUCCUGACCUCCAUCAUCUUCACCGCCAGUGUGCAGCACGCAGCCGUCAACUUCAUGCAGUGGGACCAGUACGCCUUCGUACCCAACAUGCCGCUCGUGCUGGAGGGAGAACCUCCGAGAACCAAGGACCCUCUGACGGAACAGAACGUCCUAAACGCACUGCCUUGGAAGUUCCAAACCGUGAGUAUCGGCCUGCUGGAAGGAGUCCUGAGCGAGCGCUCCACCCAGCCUCUUGGGAAGUUUGAGGUCGAGUACCUCUUAGGGCCAAAGGCUGAAAAAGUCUUUGAUACAAUCAACGAUAAAUUGGAAAAAAUCGCAGAUGAUAUCCAGCUCAAGAACUCUACUCAGCGUUCCCAUCCGUAUGACUACCUGAACCCUCGUGAGAUUCCCAACUCCAUCAGCAUCUAACUGCUCAGUUCACAUCAGCAGUUUUCUGCAAGAUGCAAACACGUGGCAUUCCUUUUCUGCAAUUGGAAACUGAGAACGUUCAUGUAUACAGUACAUUCUGCAGUUCUGUAAUGCAUAAGCUACGUAACAAUGUUUUAAAAACUUAAUAUGCUCUUUGAAGGAGCUGUAGAGCUUAGUCAGGGUGAAAGUUUGUAACAUCCACCUAACGUUUGGAAUGUUUACAACAAUACGUAAUGUUGUAGUAAAAUGCUUGCAGGUUAAUUUGCGCUAACAAUGAUGUUUAGCAAGAUACAUCGGGUAUGUAGAUAGGAAUUAACCCUACUCAGAGGGAGGAGGUAGCUUAUAAGUCCCACGGCAUCUUACAUUUCUGAACGGCUUAUUUUACCUGUUGCCGGGGCAACGGGGUUUCUAAAAUUUCCUAUCCAAGAUGGUGGAUCCCAGCCAAUAAAUAUUGACGUCAUUUGACUCGAUUGACAAGAAAAAUCUUAUUUUAGUCCCCCAUCCCAGGAUGUCCAGUCUGAAUAGGGUUGAUACAAUAGCAGA